CUGUAUGGUGUUGAAUGAUCACUAUAAAAAAAAGAAAUUGUAAUCAGUUUUCACAUUUUACUAAUCAGAGUUUACAGUGGUCACUCAUAAGUCGUAACUCAUCAGUCAUUACACAUCAGUGUCUUUUCGUCCUUUAAUCGGUGUUCUAAUAUAUAAAAAAUAACAUCAGCCGGCAGCGUCUUUUUUUCUAAUCGAAAAUAAUAAAUUAUAUUUAAGUAACCGCUAACCUGUAACUAAUUAUUUAAUUAGUUAUUAUUUUACAAUAUAAAGUUGUUUUAUAUUUUAAUAACAUGAGUAGAUUUAGGAAUAUUAUAAACCUAGUUCCAAUAUUGCUCAGAACUCGUAAACAAUUUACAACAUAUAGAAAACCAUUGAGGUGGACAAAGCUACCAAUAUUUUCUAUACCAGCACGAUCCAUGUUUAUCCAAACACAAGACACUCCAAAUCCAAACAGUGUAAAAUUUUUACCGGGUGUUGAGGUAUUGGACAAAGGUCAUACCAUGGAUUUCCCUAAUAUUACAUCAGCGCAAUGUAGUCCUUUAGCAAAAUUGCUUUUUCGAAUUGAGGGCGUAAAAAGUAUAUUUUUUGGGUCAGAGUAUAUAACAGUAACAAAAGUCGAUGAUGAUAUUGAGUGGAUGGUUCUAAAACCUGAAGUAUAUGCAACUAUAAUGGACUUUUUUUCUAGUGGAUUACCAAUAUUAACCGAUGCCAAACCAACAAGCGAUACUCAAAUACACGAAGAUGAUAGCGAAACUGUUAUGAUGAUAAAAGAACUUCUGGACAGCCGAAUUAGACCAACUGUACAAGAAGAUGGUGGAGACAUUCUUUUUAUAGGUUAUGAUGCAGGAAUUGUAAAAUUAAAAUUACAAGGUUCUUGUACCAGUUGUCCUAGCUCAGUUGUUACUUUGAAAAAUGGAGUUCAAAAUAUGUUACAGUUUUAUAUCCCUGAGGUAAUAGCAGUUGAACAAGUUGAAGACGAAAUUGAAAUACGCACUAAGGCAGAGUUUGAAAAGUUUGAAAAAAAGUUACAAGAAAAUGAUGAGAAGGAAAAACCUUCGUCAUAAAACAUUUUAUAAUGCCAUUUUCAAACCCUAUUUCUACAAUAUAGCUUAAAGUAUUAUAAUAUGUAAAGUGAAUAAAUAUCUAUGUUUAUAGUUUAGUGAAUGAAAAAUUUAACACAUAAAUAUUUUUGCAUUACAAUAUACAUAGUAAAUAGACUACAAUUAAGAACUCGAA